CAUGGCAGCAGUGGGAGAACUGGUGCUGGUACUGGGUUUACUGGUGAGCGCUCACUGUGAGGUGAGAGCACGAGACCCCGAGGUGGAGGAGGAGGAGGAGCUGGGAGGAAGAGGAGCAGCAGGAGGAGGAAGGGGAGGAGGAGGAGGAGGAGGACUGGGGCUAGGGAGGUUUGGGACCGUGGCGUUUCCCCCUCACCUUGAGACGCUGCACUCCAGAACGACUGAGACCCCCCCUCAGGGAGAGAGAGGCCCCCACCCCACCCGGACUGGGAACUGGUGUGCAUUCGUACAGAGGCGUAUGGUAACGGUUGCGGAGAAUUGUGGAACAGAGAAGUACACCAUCAAGUCUCAGAGUCCCUGUCCGAGCGGGAUCCCCGACUGUCACCUUGUCAUGUAUAAGCUGUCCACCCGGCCAGUCUACACUCAGAAGAAGAAGAUCCUCAGUUCUCUGCAGUGGCGUUGCUGUCCGGGACACGGAGGAUACAACUGUGAGGACACAGUCUCUGAUCCUGGGAGCUCGGUUCUGACUGGAGGAUCUGGUCCACAGCUCCAUGGUCCAGAUGAGUGGGUGUGGCUCCUGCGGCAGCAGCAUCAAGGCGACCAGAACCACGACCAGAACCACGACCAGAACCAUGACCAGAACCAUGACCAGAACCACGACCAGAACCACGACCAGAACCAUGACCAGAACCACGACCAGAACCACGACCAGAGUGACUCUCAGGCCUCCGGCAGCAAGCUGCACCACACCAGAUACCAUGACAACCAGCACAACUCCACACACCCAACCCAUGAACCAGGCCACGCCCACAACCCCCAGCAACCCCACCCCCACCAGCACCAACCCAAACACCCCCACCCCCACCAGCAGCAGGAAGAGGAAGACCUCCUUACAGACGCCGUGCUGUACCCAGAAGCCCCUGCUGCCCUCCCCGUCCCCCACAUGAUGGCCCUGGUCAUGUCUGAGCUGCAGCCGAUCCUGCAGGGCUUCAACCGCUCCCUGGAGCACCUGACUCUGCAGGUAGGGGCCCUGGCCCGCGAUGUGGCCCAGCUGAAAGGCAGCCAGCGGGGGCCUGAGCUGCAGGCGGGGCCCCCGGAGGGACCGGAGCUUGACGAGGCGGCGGAGGAACGUCUGGAGGCGAGACUGGAUGAGGUGUUUCAGAACAUCAGGGAGGUGCAGAGGCAGGUGGAGAGUCAGCACGCAGACACGGAGAACAGGCUGCACUCCCAGAAUGCAAUGCUGCACUACAACCUGACCAGCUUCAAGAUGGACGUCGACAUGAAGCUGAAACGCCACCAGAAGAUGCUGCAGGUCAGCCUGCAGGCUGUCAACACCACUCUGUCAGAGCUGAAGCUGGACCAGGACCAGGACCAGGACCAGGACUGGACCACUGAGAGACAACUCGAUGAUCACCUCCCUCUUCUUACCCCGCCCCCCCCCUGGCCCCUGCAGCCCUCAGACUCUUCAGCCCUGUGGGAGGCCAUCGAACGCCUGGACAACAUGGUGGUCAACAACACGGUGAAGGUGAACGGGCUGAUUGAGGACGUGGAGGUGAACUCGGGGAGCAUCCAGCAGCUGAGGCGGGACUGUAAGGAGCUGGAGAGGCAGCUGAACCAGACGGCCAGGAAUACUCAGAUCCUGUUCAUGGAGACGGGGCUGGAGGUCGAAGACGCCAAGGUGGUGGUGCUGAGGCGGGUGGAGGAGCUGGCGGGAAAUGUUACACAGCAAAACAAGCAGCUGCAGGAGGUGGAGGUGGACAUGGACUACCUGUGGGACUGCAAAUGCAAAGGGCUGAAGGACACCGUGGAACGACUGGAGAGGGAAGUCGCCAACAUGACAGCUCUGGCCAAUGAGAACAGGUUAGCCCUGGAGGAAAACAACGAGGGGGGGCUGGAGCAGUGGGGCGACGCCAGCGACUGGGAGCCAGCGGUGGAGGUGCUUCAACGUGACCUCCAGCAGGUGAAGAAGUCUCUGGUCUCGGAGCAGACCAGGACCAGGACUCUGGACCACAGCAUGACCCAGCUGAACAGCUCGGUGAUGGUGAGUCUGGAUGAGCACUUGGGUCUGAAGGACGCGAACAGGAAGCUCAGGGAGGAGAUGCAGCACCUGUUGGCGUCCUUCAAGUCUCUGCUGAAGGACGCCAUCCGCCACAACGACGUGCUGGAGCUGCUGCUGGGGGAGGAGGUGAUGGAGUACCUGGAGUGGUCCGUCGAGGACCAGGAGGCCAACUCCAUCCCGGCCCUGAAGGGGCAGCUGAGGCUCCUGCAGGAGCAAGUGAGAGGACACAACCUGAGCAUCACAUCGCUGCUCGGCAACAAGCCAGAAGACAGAGAGGAGGUGCCGUCUGCUGACCAGCCCUCCUCCCCCCACCUACCCCCUCAUGACUGGUUUCCAGGUGGCGUGAGGCGGAGCCAAGGAGGAGAAGCAGCCCGGGAGCGGCAGCUCCUCCUUCACCCUGCGGGGGGGCGUCCGGAGCUCAGAGGAGACGGCAGUGAUCUGUGGAACCUGGAGAGGACGGUGGAGGAGCUGGAGCAGAAAGUGGUCCGUUUGGAGGAGAAGCCCUGCCCCUGCCCCAAUGCCUCCUCUGAGAGGGAGGGGCUGCCCGGGGCCGUGGACGCCAAACUGCAGGCGGAGGUGACGUGGCUGAAGAGGGGGCUGGAGGAACACCUGAGGGUGUUCAAGAACGUCUUCAGCAACGCCGACGUGCUGACGGCGUCCGACGCCACGCUGGAUCUGGAGAGACUGUGGCAGCUGGUGAAGAGAGAGGGAGGGAGGAGGGAGCAUAGAAACAGGAGGGAGUCGUCAGGUGUUCUUCCUGUCCCUCCCAGCCAAUCAGAGGCUUCCCUGUUGUUCGUUGUGGGACCUCCUCUGAGCGCCUCAGGCGGCGUUCUCGUCUUCCAGCCAUCUCUGAAUCGGGGUCAGUUUUACUCCGGCGGCUCCUUCACGGCUCCGCUGGACGGGAUCUACCUGUUCGUCCUCACCUUGGACCUGAGGCCAGGUCCAGCCCAUGUGGUUCUUAGGAGGGGGUUGGGUGAAGCUCCGGUGUCUCUGCUCCGACAGAAGGUGACGGAGGCUGGACCAGCUACAGGUGUGGGCCUCCUGCUGCUGAGGGAGCGGGAGCAGGUGAGGCUGGAACUGAGGGCAGGAGCGUGGGCAGAGUCAGAGGACAAUGUGUUCACUGGGCUGCUGCUCCACCGAACCACCUGAGGGCGCUGUGGACCAAUCAGCUGACCACCGGAGGAAAGACCCUGAUCAGAGACUGUG